AUGGUCAACUUCACGGUCGAGGAGAUCCGUCAACUGAUGGAUCGUCCUUCCAAUAUCCGUAACAUGUCCGUCAUUGCUCACGUCGAUCACGGAAAAUCUACUUUGACCGAUUCUUUGGUUCAAAGAGCUGGUAUCAUUUCUGCUGCUAAGGCUGGUGAAGCGCGAUUUACAGAUACUCGUCAAGAUGAGCAGGACAGAUGUAUUACCAUCAAGUCUACUGCUAUCUCCCUUUAUGCCCACCUGCCGGACCCGGACGAUAUCAAGGAUAUCCCACAGAAGGUCGACGGCAACGAAUUUUUGAUCAACUUGAUCGAUUCGCCUGGCCACGUUGAUUUCUCUUCUGAAGUUACUGCUGCUUUGCGUGUCACCGACGGUGCUCUCGUCGUCGUUGACUGUGUUUCUGGUGUUUGUGUUCAAACCGAGACUGUCUUGCGUCAGGCUCUUAGUGAACGUAUUAAGCCUGUUUGUAUCAUUAACAAAGUUGACCGUGCUCUUCUUGAACUUCAAGUUUCGAAGGAGGACCUUUACCAAUCCUUCUCGCGUACUGUUGAGUCCGUCAACGUCAUCAUCGCCACCUACUUUGACCCGGCCCUUGGUGAUGUCCAAGUCUACCCUUACAAAGGUACUGUUGCUUUCGGAUCCGGUCUUCAUGGAUGGGCUUUCACUGUCCGACAAUUCGCUGUCAAGUAUGCCAAGAAAUUCGGUGUUGACAGAAAUAAGAUGAUGGAACGUCUUUGGGGUGACAACUACUUCAACCCCGCCACCAAGAAGUGGACUAAGAACGGAGAAUACGAAGGCAAGCAGCUCGAGCGUGCUUUCAACCAGUUUAUCCUUGAUCCUAUUUUCAAGAUCUUCAAUGCCAUCACUCACUCAAAGAAGGAUGACAUUGCAAACCUCCUCGAGAAGCUUGAGAUUAAGUUGUCUAGUGAAGAGAAGGAAUUGGAGGGCAAGCCCCUCCUUAAGAUCAUCAUGAAGAAGUUCCUUCCAGCUGCUGAUGCUCUCAUGGAAAUGAUGGUUCUUCAUCUUCCGUCUCCUGUCACAGCUCAGAAGUACCGUGCCGAUACUUUGUAUGAGGGUCCCGCCGACGAUGAGGCUUGCAUCGGUAUCCGUGACUGUGAUUCCAAGGCACCUCUCAUGCUUUACGUCUCCAAAAUGGUACCGACCUCUGAUAAGGGUCGUUUCUACGCCUUCGGUCGUGUCUUUGCUGGUACCGUCCGCUCUGGUCUUAAGGUCCGUAUUCAGGGCCCAAAUUACACCCCUGGCAAAAAGGAAGAUUUGCACAUCAAGGCAAUCCAGCGUACUAUUCUUAUGAUGGGCCGUUUCAUCGAGCCCAUUGAGGAUGUUCCUGCUGGUAACAUUGUUGGCUUGGUUGGUGUUGACCAGUUCUUGCUUAAAUCUGGUACCCUCACCACCAGCGAAACCGCCCACAACUUGAAGGUCAUGAAGUUCUCCGUCUCUCCUGUUGUUCAGCGCUCCGUUGAAGUCAAAAACGCCAAUGACUUGCCCAAACUCGUUGAAGGUCUCAAGCGUCUCUCCAAAUCGGAUCCUUGCGUGCUGACUUACAUCUCUGAGUCUGGUGAACACGUUAUUGCUGGUGCUGGUGAAUUGCAUUUGGAAAUUUGCUUGAAGGAUCUUGAAGAAGAUCACGCUGGCGUUCCUCUCCGUGUUUCUGACCCAGUCGUCUCAUACCGAGAAACUGUUGGUGCCGAGUCCAGCAUUACCGCUUUGUCCAAAUCUCCAAACAAGCACAAUCGUCUCUAUGUCAAGGCCGAACCCUUGGGUGAAGAUGUUGCAAAGGCCAUUGAGUCUGGCAAGAUCAGCCCUCGUGAUGAUUUCAAGGCGCGCGCCCGCAUCUUGGCUGAUGAUUUCGGCUGGGAUGUCACUGACGCAAGAAAGAUUUGGUGCUUCGGCCCUGACACUAAUGGAGCUAACUUGGUUGUCGAUCAAACUAAAGCUGUUCAAUACCUCAAUGAAAUCAAGGACUCCGUUGUGUCCGGUUUCCAAUGGGCAUCUAGAGAUGGUCCUAUUGCCGAAGAGCCAAUGAGAUCCGUUCGCUUCAACAUCUUGGAUGUCACUCUUCACGCUGAUGCCAUCCAUCGUGGCGGUGGCCAGAUCAUUCCUACUGCUCGUCGUGUUAUCUAUGCUGCCACCCUUUUGGCUGAACCUGGAAUGCUUGAGCCUGUCUUCUUGGUCGAGAUUCAAGUUCCCGAGCAAGCCAUGGGUGGUAUUUAUGGUGUACUUACCCGCCGCCGUGGUCACGUUUUCGCUGAAGAGCAAAGACCCGGAACUCCUCUGUUCACUGUCAAGGCUUACUUGCCUGUCAACGAGUCCUUCGGUUUCUCUGCCGACCUCCGUUCCGCCACUGGUGGACAAGCCUUCCCACAGUCCGUGUUUGACCACUGGCAGAUUCUUCCCGGCGGUUCCCCGCUUGACCCAACAACGAAACCAGGUCAAGUCGUGCAAGAGCUGCGUAAGCGCAAGGGUAUCAAGGACGUCGUUCCUGGCGUUGAGAACUAUUACGAUAAAUUGUAA